AUGAACAAAAACCCGUAUGAUCCUGAUGCAAUCUUGAUUUCUUUUCACCGGAGGAUGGGUAGAAGUGUUGCCGGAAAGCAUUCUGGGAAACACAAUCUGGGACAGAAAACGCCUAUUCAUCACAGCAGAGCGCGGCAAAGCGUAAUAAAAAAACAAACAAGUAAGCUCAAACAAGGAAUGUUUUGUUACUACGGUACUAACCUGAAGAGGAUGAUACGAACAUCAUCAAAAACUGCCGGAGUUUAUAAAGUACGGUAUUUGUGUCUAGUUGGUAAAAAAAUUGAGGUUAAAGAUGAAGAUUCGCCAACCAAUAGUAUGGCCUGGAGAGAGCAUUCUUUAUUUUCCAUUCUGUUUUUCUAGGCGUUGCUUCCCUUGUUGCUUUUCUUUUCUUUUACAGAACAACCUCCAAAAUUUUCGUACACCCCCUAAAAAUUUCAAAAAUUAAUUUUCUUCUUAAAAACACUGGAAAUAGAAAAAUGCCCUCAAGGAAAACAAAACACCUUCUUUGAAUAAUGAACCUCGUGCGCUUGAGUCCGUGUUAUUGAUCGCACACCUAUGACGUAGCAUCUCGCUAUUCAGCUCUGCCUGACACGAUCGAGUCACUUGGCAACUAUACGGUGAAUUUUUUAAGUUGGAAGGACCUUUGUUAACGACCUCCCUUCUCCUUGUUCUUCCAGCUCCAAACUUUCUGACAGGAUCAGAUAACGUACCUGCUGGAAUGACCAACGUGAAGCAACCCGGAGGUUCCUUAACUGCUGCUAUUGGAGAUGGAAAAACUGACGACACAUCGGCCAUUCAGGCCAUCGUUAAACACGUUGCAGGUUCCACAAGCAACAAGGUUUUUUUCCCUCGUGGUGAGUACCUGGUCAGCGGUGAUAUUGCUAUAAGUGGCUCAGUGGAACUGCAUGGAACCCAGAGUGGUAUUACAGUUAUCAAGGCUUUGAUUCCGUAUGCCAUAGAAAUACAGAAUGCUUCGCCAGUAAAGCGUGUUUCACUGAAGUAUCUGUAUCUCGACGGAAUUCUUAUAGUAUUCGAUGGUCAAACUAAAGGGCCAUCAUCUACAGGUGACAUUACAAUAGAGAGCUGUGUAUUCUUUUCAUCGGCAAGUCCAACUGCAAGCAACGGACAGAAACGACAACUGAUGUUGAUAGAGCUUGGAAACAGCCGUGUUUACAAAAACGUCUUUUUACGUGAUUUAGAUGCAUAUGGAGUUGCUUCCGCAUUUAGAAGUACUUUGAGCGUUUGGGUAAUUGACAACGUAUGUGGACUUGAGCUAAGUAAACUAGAGUGGUUGUCUUCCAAAGUUAAGCCAGUAUCCCAUUGGCGAGAACAGAAAUUAGAGUUCUUGAAGACUCGUUACAAUCUUAAAUCUGACCAAGGCUACUUUAAAAGUUGUCUUUAUGACCAGUGCGACAAAAAAAUGAAAAUAGCGAAAAAUAUAUUCAACGGAAGUCCCAAUACCGGAAGACACAGAGACCACGCCAUGUACCUGAAAGGGUUUGAUAACAUGGAAGUGAAAAGUAAUUAUGUCAGAGGUUGGCCUGCGAAUCCAUCAGGUGGUAUCAAGGUUCGAAAUGGAAAAAAUCUUUGGCUUGCUCGUAAUUACGUCGACGACACAGGCAUUCUGUUGUAUUCACACAGAAAACGCAAGGCCUGUCUUCAUGAUGGUCUCAAGAACGUGAUCAUCUACGGAAAUCAUCUCGUACAACGAACAAGACCAGGCAGACGAGAAAGCAGUUUAAGCUAUUAUGAGCCCCACUCGGUUGGAAAGGAUGAGAAUAUCAAGUACUCUGCUAACGUAUUUGAGAUCGUUGGGUUCAGUCACCCGACUAAGUACAGUUGCAUUUGGCUGACCAAUGGCAAUCCGUCUCAACAUCAUGUGUACAAAGACAACGUGUAUCAUGGGACUUCGACGACUGUGAAGCUGCAAGCGGACGGAGGUACUCCAUCAUACGAGACAAAGGACAUCGACCAAAAACUCAAAGAUCUGUACAAAUAUCCAAUAUAUAAACUGGACAUUCCACCUUAUUAA